AUGCUCAACAAAAAUAAUAAUAGCAAAAAUAACAAUGAAGAUCUAUCAAGCUCAAUUAAUCAAGAUGAAAACCAAUUAAAUUCAAAUAUAUUCGAAAACUUGGCUUUUGUUUAUGAUAAAUGUAUUAACCUCAAAAGAAAAAACGAGCUUAUCAAGAUUAUAAAAAAGAAUGGAGGCAAAAGCUGCUAUUCAUGUUUUAAGGCCACACAUUUAAUUACUACAGUACAAGGCUAUGUAGAUAAAACAGAAAAAGUUCAACAGGCUCUUUCUUUAGGAAUACCAAUUUUAGUCAAAGAAUAUAUUCAUAGCUGUGUAUCUAAAAAAGAGUUACUUCCAGUUGAAAACUAUUUAGCAUCAUCCUCAACAUCUAAUAACGCUGUUUUAUCAGUAUCUCAAGAUUUAGUAGUAAACACAUCAAAUUCAAUUAGUUCAAUGAACAAUUCAAAAUUAAAGAGUGAUCAUUCAUCAGAAGGUGAAUCUAAAAGUAUGUCAUCAUCAAUUAAUUCAAAUACUAUAACAAAAGAAUGCAAUUGUAUCUCAACUGAAAAGUUAUCGAAUACUUUUGCUUCUGUUGGUAAAGUAGAUAUUGAUGAAAAGAAAACAACAACAACCAAGCCUUCAAACAAUAGUUCACCAAUCAUCACAUUGAAUGCCUCUGAAGAUAUAAAUGGUAAUGGUUCAAGUACCACAGCUCAACUCAAUCAACAAGUUUUAGAAGCUGAAAAUCAAGCAAUAAACGAAAGAAUCAAAAUGAUUGAACAUGAAUUUGAAAGUUAUAGAAUAGCAAAGGAGAAAUUAGUAAUGGAAAAGGAUACAGAAAUCAAACAAUUAUUAGAAAUUCAAAGAAAAAGUAGUAUCCUCAAAGAAUCACUCUUUAGAGAUCUCGAAAAUAGAUGUAAAGAGGUCAUUGACUUAGAAUUUAUUUUAGAAGAAUAUAAAGCUCGUAAUGUUAAACUCACUGACCGUUUAGAGCGUUACAAUAAUCCAAGUGGACAUGAUGAAGAGAAAAUGGUAAUUCAAACUAAACUUGACGAAAUGACAUCAUUAAAACUUCAAUUAAAUAAUGAAAAUAUUCAACUCUGUUCAGAAAUUAGAAGAUUAAAGAAAUUACACACCGAAAGAGACAAACAUAUUAUUGGUUCAGAAAAAAAUAAAUCUACUAAUCAAGAAACGCAAUCUAAAGUAGUAACUAACCAUCAAAACGCUGCAGUACAAAAUGAAGGUAUUAAAAAUGAGCUUGAAGGAGCUAAAUCAAAAGAAUCUGAAAAUUUUGUUGCUCGUAUUGCAAGAUUUUUUAGAUGUGGAAGUGCUCAAUUAAAAUCAAAAUCAAAAUCAAAUAAUAGUGUAAAAAACGAGCCAUUAAUUUUACCAGGUUCUCAAAAUAGCCAAUUACCAAAUUCUUUAGUUAGUGCCAAUAAUAAUGCACUUGGUGAUAGAAUUGAACCAAACACAACAUCAAAUUCAAAAAAUAGCUCAUCACCAUUGUACAAAAAUAACAACACCUCACCAUUGGUACCUCCACAACAUUUACCUCAAUUACCAGUUUGGAGAUAUAAAUAUAUCUCUGCAGUUCUUCCAACAUCAAAAGCCAAACCAUCUCAAAGAGUACAGAAUCUAUAA